AUGGCUUUGACUUCUUUGAAUUUUGAAUACAUCAACAAACUCACUUACAGCCCUAGCAUGGCUCCUUGUUCAGCCUAUCCAUCCUCUUUCGAAAACGCGGGUUCUUUGCAAAGAAGAUGUAGAGAGGCUUUGUAUAGAAUAGGCGAAUUGCCUCAUCUUGUUGUAGCAUUUAAUUCGUUGGAAGGUAUGAUGACUCUUCUUUCUUCAGCCGACCCGUCUAAAAGUCUUGUUGCAUGUGCAGAUAGGCUUGGAAACAUCUCCCGAGUUAUAAGUGGCAUUAACAAUCACACAACGGGCAUCAAACUAAAUUGUACUUUAUGGGACACAUUUGCGGAAGACAUAGAUGUAUUUUUUGCUAAUCAUAAUCAUGGGGAGCCUGUAAUCAUUAUCUUACAGUAUUGCAGGAUCAAGACGUACAAUGGCAAAAACAAUAUUACAAAUUCGUAUUAUGGAAUUACAAUGACGAUAAACCCAAAGUUGAAAGAAUGUGAGGAUUACAAAGAAAAGCUAGCAAUGAGAGAUGCGUCAUUUACUCAAUCUGUCAGUCACAUUUCAAGUCAACGUUCAAUCACUAUUUCUGCUGAUCUACUACAAACCAAUAGAAUGACAAUUGCUGAUGUGGUUGAAUCCACAACUGUAGCCAAUGGUGCAUUACUUGCAAAGGUCGUGGAAAUUGAGUCCCAAGAUAAAUGGUGGUAUGAAUCGUGCGUCACAUGUUUUAAGAAAGUGGAGACUUCUGGUACAACAUUUUACUGUCCAAAUUGUCGCACCACGGUUAUGGUUGUGCCUAGGUUCCGAGUCCAAGUCAAAGUGAUUGAUGACACUGGAUCUGCUUCAUUUGUCAUGUUUGACCGCGUUAUUGCCCAGUUAUUAGGUCGAAGUGCAUCUGAUAUUAUAACCGAUUUACGUAAGGCUUUGCAUUUUCGAAAAUUUUGUUGGAUUGCUUUAGCCGAAUACUAA